CUUCCUGAAGCAAUAGCAGCACCUACACCUAUUUCAGCCUUAGUACAUUCUUCAACAUUAGUUACUGCUGGAAUUUACCUUCUCAUCCGAAUUAUAAAUAAUUUUCAUCCUUUAUCCACAUUAAUCAUUAUAUCUAUUUCCACUAUUACUAUUAUAAUCGCUGGCUUUUCAGCUAACUGAGAACAAGAUAUAAAAAAAAUUAUUGCUUUAUCCACCCUUAGCCAAAUCGCUAUAAUACUUUUCGCUAUCUCUAUGUUUUCUAUUAAUAUUGCAUAUUUCCAUUUAAUUUCUCAUGCUUUAUUUAAAUCUACAAUAUUUCUCUGUGCAGGAAUUAUUAUUCACUCAUCUUCAUAUCAAGAUAUACGUCACAUAGGAAGAAUUAUAUUUAAUAUCCCUUUAAUAUCCUCCAUCCUAGGAAUUUCUAAUCUCACUUUAAUAGGUAUUCCUUUUACCUCUGGAUUCUUCUCAAAAGACGCUAUUAUUGAAAAUAUAUUAUCUUCAAAAUUUUCCUCUUUCCUAUCAAUUUUAAUAAUUAUAUCAAUCGGAUUAACAGCUAGUUAUUCUAUCCGAAUAUGUUUAUUUUCUUUAAAAAUUAAUCUAAAAUCUAAACCUGAUUUAUCACUACAUUCUAAUAAUUAUAUAGAUAUCCCCAUUUUAAUUAUAAUUCUAACCUCAAUUUUUACAGGAACAUCAUUAUAUUGACUAAUUUGUCCUAACCAAAUUUUUUUAAUACCUUUUUCUCUAAAAAUCUCCACAAUUACAAAUUUAUUUAUUGGAAUUAUAAUUGGAACUUCACUAUCAUUUUACAACAAAAAAUAUAUUAAAAUAGGUACUCCCUCUAUUUCAUUAUGAUUUACACAUACUAUUUCUACUAAGCUAAACAAACCCCUUUUACCAAUAAUAAAUAUAUUUAUAAAUAAUGACAAAUCCUGGCAAGAAUCUUACGGACCCCAAGAAUUAUUUUUUCAAUCUUAUAUCUCAUCAUCAAUUCCUAUUCUCCUUUCACUAUCAUUCAUAUUUAUCUUCAUUAUUAUACUAAUCAAUCCAAUUAUUUUAUUAAUCUACUUAUAUAGCUUAAAUAGAGCAUUUUACUGAAGAUAAAAAGGACUACAUCUUCAUCAUGAAAUAAUGACGUGAUUAUUCACCAUUUUAUCCACUACUUAAGUCGAAAUUAAGCCGCUCUUACUAAGCUCCCAUUUAUAUCUCAAUAGUAGCAACUAAAGCUCAUAAGAAGUUAGCAGCCCCUUAAAUUAACUAUUCAAGAUAUGAAUAUUUCAUAACAAUUGAUUGCAAAUCAAUUUCUAACCUUAUUUUACUUUUUAUUUUCCACAACCCUUUACAACCCGUAUCCCUUCACACAAUCAUCCGUUUUCCCGGUUCCCCCUGUAACCGGAAAAAAGGGGGAACCUACUCCUGAUUGUGUUCCUUCUAUUUCAUUAACAAUGAAAUCGCUUAAAGCUUUUAAAUUAAUAUCUAUUUGGCAGAUCAAUGCACUAAGUUUAAGCCUUAGAAACAAGAAUAUCUAUUCAUUCUAAUGAACCAUAAUAAUAUUCAUAUAAUAAUCCUAAUAACAAAAUUACAACAAAUAUAAAAAAUACUACUACUCCUAUAAUAUCUUUUCUAAUAAAUGGUACCGGUAAUAUUAAUGAAAUUUCUACAUCAAAAAUUAAAAAUAAAAUUCCAAUUAAAAAAAAUCGAUAAGAAAAAAUAAAUCGAGACUCUGAUUUUAUAUCAAAUCCACAUUCGUAUGAAGAUAAAGUUUCUAUAUCUAUCUUUAUUUUAUAAGAUAUUAAUAAAAAAACAAAAUAUACUAUUAUUAAUAAAAUCAAAAUAAUUAUUACUACUAUCAUGUAAAUAAAUAUUAAUUUCUCUUUUUAAUUGGAAAUCAAACGUACUUUUAUACUACAUUAAUUUUAUUUAAUCUAUGCUCCUCAUCAAUAAACUACUGAAAAUAAAAAUAAUCAUACAACAUCUACAAAAUGUCAAUAUCAAGCUGCAGCUUCAAAACCAAAAUGAUGUCUUCUAGAAAAAUGAUUUUUUUCAACUCGUACUCAAAUUACAAAUAAAAAUAAAGUUCCAACAAUUACAUGAAAUCCAUGAAAUCCAGUAGCUAUAUAAAAUGUUGAGCCAUAAACUGAAUCUCUAAUUCUAAAUCCUGCUAUAUAAUAUUCAAAAGUUUGUAAUAAUAAAAAAUAUAAUCCUAUUAUUCACGUUAUAAAUAUUGAUUUCCUUACAUUUCCCCAUUUAUUUCUUAAAAUAGACUGAUGAGCUCAAGUUACUCUAAUCCCAGAAGAUAAUAAUACAAUUGUAUUUAAUAAAGGAACUUGAAAAGGAUUAAAAGGAUUAAUCCCUUGAGGAGGUCAAGAAGCCCCUAACUCCACAGUUGGUCUUAAUCUUGAAUGAAAAAAUGCUCAAAAAAAUCUUAAAAAAAAAAAAAUUUCUC